AUGGGGCAGAUCGAGUGGGCCAUGUGGGCCAACGAGCAGGCGCUGGCGUCCGGCCUGAUCCUCAUCACGGGCGGCAUCGUGGCCACUGCUGGCCAGUUCACCCAGUGGUACUUCGGCGCCUACUCCAUUGUUGCAGGAGUGUUCGUCUGCCUGCUGGAGUAUCCCCGGGGGAAGAGGAGAAAAGGCUCCACCAUGGAGAGAUGUGGACAGAAGUAUAUGACGAAAGUGGUGAAGUUGUUCGGGCCCCUCUCCAGGAAUUACUACGUCCGGGCCUUCCUGCACCUUGGGCUGUCAGUACCAGCCGGCUUCCUGCUUGCCACCAUCCUGGGGACAGCCUGCUUGGCCAUAGCAAGUGGCAUCUAUCUGCUGGCGGCCACUCGCGGUGAGCAGUGGACUCCCAUUGAGUCCAAGCCCAAGGAGCGGCCGCAGGUGGGGGGUACCAUCAAGCAGCCACCCAGCAACCCCCCACCCCGGCCCCCAGCCGAGGCCCGCAAGAAGCCCAGCGAGGAGGAAGACGAGACGGUGGGGGCAGGAGUCUCCAGUGGCCCCCAGGAGAACCCCAUCCCAGUGACCGAUGAGGUGGUGUGA